GCCGCUGCGGGGCGCUCUCUCCCGGCGCGCCGCCAUGGCCGCCGCCGUGUUCUUCGGCUGCGCCGCCAUCGCCUUCGGGCCCGCGCUCGCCCUGGUGCUGCUGACGGUGGCGGCGGAGCCGCUGCGGGUCCUUGUGCUGGUGGCGGGAGCCUUCUUCUGGCUCGUGGCGCUGCUCCUCGCCUCCCUGCUCUGGUUCCUGCUGCUCCGGGUGAGCGAGCCCCGGGCGCAGGCGCAGGCGCAGCCGCAGCGAGGGCUCCUCCUCGUGGGCGCCGCCGGCUCCGUGCUCCUGCAGGAGCUCUUCCGCUUCGCCUACUUCAAAGUGCUCAAGAAAGCCGAUGAAGGGCUGGGGACCAUCAGCGAGGACGGGCGAUCCCCCCUCUCCCUGCGGCAGAUGGCUUAUGUCUCCGGCCUCUCCUUUGGCAUCAUCAGCGGCACCUUCUCCAUCACCAACAUCCUGGCCAGCUCCAUGGGGCCGGGGACCGUUGGCAUCCAUGGGGAUUCCCCCUAUUACUUCAUCACCUCAGCCUUCAUCACCAUGGCCCUGGUUCUGCUCCACACCUUCUGGGGCAUCGUCUUCUUCGAUGCCUGCGAGCGCCGGCGCUACUGGGGCCUGGGGCUGGUGGUCACCAGUCACCUCCUCACCUCGGGGCUGACAUUCCUGAACCCCUGGUACGAAGCCAGCCUCAUCCCUAUCUUCAUCAUCACCCUGGGCACGGGCCUCUGGGCCUUCAUCACUGCUGGGGGCUCCCUCCACAACGUCCUCAAGUGCCUCUCCUGUAAGCAGGAGGAUGAGAGCACAGUGAUGAUGUACUCAGCGCUGCAGGUGCCUUGUGAGGACUGAGAGCCCCAUUCCCGGCCUCUGGAAUCUCCCAUUGCCCUUC